GAUGGGGAAUCUGGUGUCAAUGGACAGUUUCUAGGGAAGCUCAUUUCCCGCGCCGCGUCUUGUAAUCUGUCAAAAUUCCAAAUUGUUGAAAGAGAGAGAGAAAAAUCCGUCAAAUUCUAAAAUGCGAAGAAAUUUUUGCUUUAUUUUAUGAAGUUCCUCGUUGAUUCCUGAUCCGAUUCUUCCAUUUCUAUAAAAUGGAGCCAAUUGUUCCACUUUUUCCCCGAGAACCAAACAGAAAUCAUUAUCAAUAACCUCCUUCCUUCACACUUUCAAUCCACUGGGGUUCGCGUGAUCUGCCUCACUCUUCCCCAGACGGUAGCUCGAUUCAGCUUUUUUUUCCCUUUUUGCUUCUGCUCUGUGUCUUCCUGUGAUUGAUUACGUUCGACUUUAUUUGUUCAUUUGUGUUUUUUGAAUUCGCAAGGCCCCAUGUUGCCCCCCUUUUGAUUUAGGGGUGUCCUCACUUUUUCGAAUUAGAUUUUGAAGGUUUUUAAGUUCUCGGUUAUGGCUAUUCCUUACUACCGCCGAUUCAUUGGGUCGGAGAAAUCCGCCAUGGAAACCGGCAUUGUGGUACCUUCUUCCGCACCAUCUGGGCUUCUGGCUCCGCCAAUGUCGCCGGGAAUUCUGACCCAAGACGAAUUGAAGAAGAUUGCUGCUUACAAGGCCGUCGAAUAUGUCGAAUCCGGCAUGGUCCUUGGCCUUGGAACCGGCUCCACAGCCAGGCAUGCCGUCGAUCGAAUCGGAGAGCUGUUACGCCAAGGCAAAUUGAAGAACAUUAUAGGAAUUCCCACUUCCAAAAUGACUCACGAACAAGCCGUCUCCUUAGGAAUCCCGCUCUCCGACCUUGAUUCGCACCCAAUCCUCGAUCUCGCAAUCGACGGCGCCGAUGAAGUCGAUCCUCAUCUCAAUCUGGUGAAGGGCCGAGGGGGCUCUCUCUUGAGGGAGAAAAUGGUGGAGGGUGCUUGCAAGAAAUUUGUUGUGAUUGUAGACGAGUCGAAACUGGUUAAGUAUGUGGGAGGCAGCGGGCUCGCCAUGCCUGUAGAGAUCGUGCCCUUCUGCUGGAACUUCACCGCCAUGCGCCUGCAGAAGCUGUUUGAAGCUUCUGGUUGUGUUGCAAAACUCAGAACCUCAGGCGAAACUGGCGAACCAUUCGUUACUGACAAUGGAAAUUACAUCGUGGACUUGUAUUUCAAGAAAGAUAUUGGGGAUUUGAACGUUGCCAGUGAUGAGAUUUUGCGGCUUGCUGGUGUUGUUGAGCACGGGAUGUUUCUUGGUAUGGCCACCACUUUGAUUGUUGCAGGUGAACUUGGGAUCACCAUCAAGAAUAAGUAGUGAGAAUCAGCAAGGUGGAGAUUGUUUUAAUGGCUCCUCAAAUGGGUAUACUCUGUUAGAACUUCUUUUCUUCCCCCCUUUCUCUUUUGGUUUCUUCAACUAUCUUAUCCUUGGGGGACCUUGAUUGGUCAUUACUGUAAUAGGGGAGAUUUAUUGGUUCCUUAGUAGAACCAAUUACUACACUUUUAGGAACUGGCCUCUCUGAUGAACAACUUACUAAGAAGAGUUAUAGAUUAGCCUUUUUUUCUCUCUCUAAUGAGCAGUCUCACUUGCUCUGGUCGUUGUUUCCCUUCUAAUCUAAUAUAUGCUUUCUUAUCUCUUGAA